AUGCCUGAAGCAGCAAAGUCCGCGCUUAAGAAAGACUCAAAAAAGGCCGUCACUAAGACUGCAGCGAAGAGAGGAAAGAAGCGCAGGAGAUCCAGGAAAGAGAGCUACGCUAUCUACGUCUACAAAUUGCUGAAGCAGGUUCAUCCUGACACCGGGAUCUUCUCCAAGGCGAGCUAUAGCAUUAUGCCAGAUCCAGCGAAAUCCGCUCCCAAGAAGCGCUCAAAGAAGGCCGUCACUAAGACUGCAGCGAAGAGAGGAAAGAAGCGCAGGAGGUCCAGGAAAGAGAGCUACGCUAUCUACGUCUACAAAGUGCUGAAGCAGGCUCAUCCUGACACCGGGAUCUUCUCCAAGGCGAUGGGCAUCAUGAACUCUUUCGUCAACGAUAUCUUCGAGCGCAUCGCGGCUUUGAAGAUUAGCAUAGAGAAGUGA